AUGUUCCGUGGCCACUGGAUCGUGGCCGACAUGGACGGCACCCUCACCCCCACGCCGACCCGAGCAGAUGGCAAGUACCUGACCCUGUCGCACUGCAUGCAGACUGGACUGGGCUACGGUGCUCGCUACAAGAGCUGCCUGGCGUGGCUUCGACUCUUUCUCCAGUGUGGUGGAACCCUCUGCGUCGUGUCCACGGCUGGCAGACGCAUGUGGUCGCAGUUGUACCCGGAUCUGGCGCCAGCGCUAUUUCGGUUGAGGGCCGCCGCCGCCGCCGGUGCGACUGCGGCUGGUUGUGAUCGCGCACCACCCGGUCCCUCUCCGCCCAUCGACUCUUCCGAUGCUCCAGGGACCCUGUACCUAUGCGGCUUCACAGGUGCGGCGCUAUUCCGAAGCCGCCCAUGGGAGGCUGUGUGGUCUGACAUGGACAGGCUGCACCCCCACUGGCGCAUGCCCUCCGCGCCCCACCCCUCGCGCUUUGAUGAGGGCGAUGGGCGGUGCAGAGGCGAGACUGCCGUGGCCGUGGCGAUGGUGCCGCCCGCGGGGGUGGCGCUGGAGGAGUGGACAGAGUACCGCGAGCAAGGCGCCGUGCCAGAUGCAGGCUCGCAGGCCGCGGGGAACAGCGCCGUCAGCAGGCUAGCGACGAUGGACGCUGCAGCGUGCGUGCUUGCCAGAGACGAGGGGCGCCAAGCUCUCGUCCGCUUUUUCGAGCACGCCUCGCACGUCUGCGGUCACGACGCGGCUCGCGCUAAGGACUUCUUCGCUGCCUGCCUGAGCACGAAAUAUCACAGUGUCUUUGCGGACCUCCUACAGCAACUCUUGGCCGAGGCGCACGUGGCGGCUCCUCGUGGCGGCGAUGACACAUUCGACGCUGACGCGGGCACGCCUCAUGUGUGCUUUGCGGCGUCGAAGGUGCUCAGUCCCACUGCCCUUGCCCAGCACGGCUUCUUUCUCCAGGAAACCGGCGACGCGCUGGUGGACGCCCAGCUUGUGCCGAGAGCAGACGGCACAGUGGCUGAAGGCGCCGCCGUGGCACAGGUGGUUGUGAUGGGCAUUCCCAUGCGGUUCUUUGACCAAGUCUUUCCCAGGGCGGGCUCUUCAUCGGACAAUCCCCCAGCAACUUCUCGGAGCUGGCACUGCUGCCCCCGGUGCGCCGCGGCAGGCGCGGGGGCCCGCCAACGCCUCGAGGCGGCUGGGCUGGAGCUGAAGAGCCAGCCAAACAGCGCAUGUCUACAUCGUUACGGCGUAGACAAGGCGACGUGCGUGCGAUGGUUGCUGGCACAGCACGAGCAACAUCAGCUGGUGUUUGAGCUCUCUCAAGCGCUUGCCUUCGGCGAUAUGCCGGAAUCGGUCGAUGCCCCUCUGACAGCUUUCCCCCCUAUGCAGUUCAUCUCCCUCUCACCCAAAGACGGCGCUGCGGCGCGUCUAGCCGACAUCGAGCGCGCUGCUGUUGCCGGCUCGACUUCUGCAGACAGUACUGGGAGCCGGGGACUGCGGCAGCAGCAGCACCAGCAGCUGCGUUGCCUCAGCGACAGCGCGCAGUACAUGUUUCACGUUGGCGGUGAGGAGGAGGGCACGGCACUCUUUUUAGAGGAGCUGCUGGGGAGUUGCAUGAGCGAGCAGCAGCAGGAGGAGCGACGGCGCGGCGCCGCACCCUCAUCGCGCGAUGCUGCAGAUGCAGCGCGUGUGGUUAACUGGUUCACUGCCGAUCGCGUGGCCGCCUCUGCGACCCGUGCCCGACGUCGGAUGGAGGAGGAGCUCCUUCAGCGGGAGCAGCACAGCACAGCAAGCGCCUAA